GAAGUGGGCACUGCGGGGCGGGGCGGCCCGCGGUCAGUCGGCCACGCCGUGUUUGUUUCCUUUCACUUCCUGCGGCAGCUGCUCCUCAUGGGGAGGAGAGCGGGGCUCGGGCGGAGCGGCCGCGUGCUGCGGCUCUGAGCGCCCGGCCACCGCCGCCGCCAGGACUUCCCGGACCCACCGGGGCUUCGGCUAUGAGUGCGCGGUGACUAGGCGGCGUUGGGAAACGUAGACCUGAGACUUCGGCAUGUGAUGCUGAUUCUGUUUUGAGAGGCUUGAGGAGACUGAAGAAACCCCAAAAUGGAGGACUUUUCUACCAGGACCUACGGCACCAGUGGCCUGGACAACAGACCUCUGUUCGGAGAGACGUCUGCCAAGGAUCGAAUCAUCAAUUUGGUCGUUGGCAGCUUAACAUCCUUAUUGAUUCUAGUAACACUGAUCAGUGCUUUUGUUUUCCCUCAACUACCUCCGAAACCGUUGAAUAUAUUUUUUGCUGUCUGCAUCUCUUUGAUUAGUAUUACCGCCUGCAUACUUAUCUACUGGUAUCGACAAGGAGACUUAGAACCGAAAUUCAGAAAUCUAAUUUACUAUAUCUUAUUUUCUAUCAUCAUGUUAUGUAUAUGUGCAAACCUGUACUUCCAUGAUGUGGGAAAGUGAGGCUCCCAAGGAGAAGUACUUACCAGGUCUCUUCAAAGCUAUUUAUUAGGACUGUGAAUAAGCGCUGGAUAAGGUAUGCGGAAGAAUCUCCUGCAUCUGGACGUCUGACACAUGAUUUUCAUGUUAAAUGUAAAUCUAAAUUCCCUCUUGCAGGGGAGACAUAUCAUAGAUCACUUUCCUUUUUCUUUAAGGAGCUGAUGUUGCACUUACACAUUCAACCCUUAAAGCUCAAACAGCACAAGUAAUUUUCACUUUUGAAAUUAAAAUUUUUUAUAAUGUAAUUGCAUGGCGAAAGGCUAUGUAACAAUCUUGUAUUUUAAGACAAAUAUUCUUUUAUUUCUGUUAAACUGAAUAUACAAUUAUUGUUCCCUAGGCAACCAACUUUUGCUUACAACUACAAUUUAAAUUCACGUUAACAAAAGACAGAUGGUGAAAAGACAACUUUGAUUGUGAAGAUCUAAUUACAAUAAUAAAUAAAAUAAUUUACACAAGG